AUGACUGGAGAAGACUUUAAGAUCAAGAGUGGGCUCGCCCAAAUGUUAAAAGGCGGUGUCAUCAUGGAUGUUGUCACUCCAGAACAGGCUAAAUUAGCUGAAAAGGCAGGCGCAUGUGCCGUGAUGGCAUUAGAAUGCAUUCCAGCGGAUAUGCGUAAGUCAGGGAAGGUUUGCCGUAUGUCUGACCCUAAGAUGAUUAAGGAUAUUAUGAACUCCGUGUCCAUUCCGGUCAUGGCGAAAGUAAGAAUAGGUCAUUUUGUCGAAGCUCAAAUUAUUGAGGCUUUGGAAGUUGAUUAUAUCGACGAAAGCGAAGUCUUGACUCCUGCCGAUUGGACACAUCACAUUGAAAAGAACAAAUUCAAAGUCCCAUUUGUAUGUGGUGCCAAGGACUUGGGUGAAGCUUUGAGAAGAAUCAAUGAAGGUGCCGCUAUGAUCCGUACCAAGGGUGAGGCUGGUACUGGAGACGUGUCUGAAGCUGUUAAGCACAUUACGAGGAUCACCGAGCAGAUAAAAACAUACCAACAGUUGAAAGAGGAAGACGAAAUCGCAAAGGUUGCCGAAGAAAUGAGGGUGCCAGUAUCUCUGUUGAAAGAUGUUCUUGAAAGAGGGAAGCUGCCCGUUGUAAAUUUUGCAGCAGGUGGUGUGGCUACACCGGCAGAUGCCGCACUGUUAAUGCAGCUGGGUUGUGAUGGUGUGUUUGUUGGUUCAGGGAUUUUCAAGUCAUCUAACCCUGCAAAGUUAGCCACUGCCGUGGUAGAGGCUACUACACAUUUCGAUAAUCCUGCUAAGUUACUGGAAGUAUCCAGCGACUUGGGAGAUUUAAUGGGUGGUGUGUCUAUCGAAUCCAUUAAUCAUGAUUAUAAGGGUGUGAGGCUUUCUGAAAUCGGUUGGUAA